AUGACUCGACCAGGAUCCUCGGAGGGCAAGGAGAGCCCCAAUGGGAUCUCGAUGGAUGACUACAACCAUCCCUCUCCGAUCCAGAACUCGAUCCACGAACCAUUGCUGCACGACUCGUCCGGCCAUCCCCACCAUGCCUCCCGAGCCGAAUCAUUUGCAAGGUUUCACACCCUCUCAAGCCCUACUACUCCAGCCAAGUAUCUCCUCAAUAAGCCCGCCAAGUCCCGUUGGUUCAUACUCGUCCUGCUCUUCCUCAUCAUCAGCCUCAUAUGUGGGAUCAUCGUAGCGAUAUUGAGAUCAUAUCAGCUGCAAGGGAGUCCUACGGGCUUGUAUCUGGCAGAAGAUCGGGUGCUAGAGGCCAGCAAGUUCCCAGAGCGGCUGCGGACGUCGAAGACGAUUUGCUCGUACUGUGACUGUAAGGCCAAUCGCACCAGUCCUCCCCUCCUCCAAGACUCAUCUUACACCACUCCUACUGGGACGAGGGCAUCGAUGUUGGCUCAUGUUUGGCUUUCGAUCCGGGAUAUAUAUUGUCAACAUGCUUGGCUAGGCGAAGGGCCGGCGUUGGAUUUGCUUCUCCAGACCGAGUUGGGUGCAGACAUCCCAUUACUAAUCCAAUGGAGUUUGGAGCUACUAAAGCCUGGGAGGCCGACGGCCUACCUGUACACGAAGACGAGUUGGGCGGGGCGGACGAAGCACCUGCGGUAUGCGUACUUCAAGCGACACAUCCAGACGAUCCGGACCCAUCUGGAGCUGAUGAAGACGCGAGCUUGGCCGGAGGGCCCAGGACAUCAGAGGUGGGGCCAGGAGCGACAGCUGAUAUGGAUCGUCAUCGAGGACGGCGAGAAGUUGGCGAACGAUGUGGCCCAGGAGUUGGCGGCGAGCGGACUGCCAUACAUCUACUUCACCUACGGGCCCACCCACCACUUCGGGAACGCCCAGCAGAAUGCGGCCUAUGCGCUCAUCCAUCGGCUCGCUGAUCCGACCCAAGACGGGAUCUUUGGCCACGGACCGAUCAUCUCGAUCGAUGACGACUCCAACUUCUUGCCCGAACUGUUGGUGAUCAUCUGGGACGUCCAACGGAUCGGGGUCUGGCCGAUGGGCAACCUCGGCCCCAAUGGCUGGGAAGGCCCGGUCUACGACCCCUCUAAUCACACCCUCCUCCGUUGGGAGGCCGGGGCCGUCCAGGAUCGCAAGUUCCCCGUCGACAACGGCGCCUUCGCCUUCGCCUCUGAACUCCUCGGAUCGACUAUCAUGGGGCCUAGGUAUUGGCCAACCGAUAUCAGCGGGGGUGAGAAUGAGUUUAUCGGCUUGAUCGUCGAUAAAAAAGAGGAUAUCGAACCGCUCUGUUACAAUUGCCAUCUUGCAUGGCACAACGAGCCCUUACCAUCCGCCUGUACGGACCUCCAAAUCUGUCCCUGA